UAUACUUUGAUUUAAAUACAUUGAUAAUAGAUGGCGUUAAAUAUCUCGCAAAGCACUUUAAGGCAAAAAGUAAUAAACUGAUUUAAUUGUUUUGGUGCUAUAACUCGAUAUUAUUCUACUAGUACAAUUAAACGAAACUUUAAGUGUCUGUUAUAAUGGCUGGUAGUUACUAUUUUGUUAUUGUUGGUCAUUACGAUAAUCCAGUCUUUGAAAUGGAAUUCAUUCCCCCAAGUAAAUCGGAUAUGAAGAAAGAAGACCAUAGACAUCUUAGUCAGUUUAUUGCUCAUGCUGCUCUUGAUCUAGUUGAUGAACACAUGUGGGCUACUAGCAGUAUGUACUUAAAAGUAGUAGACAAAUUCAAUGAGUGGUUUGUUUCUGCUUUUGUCACAGCAAGCAAGAUGAGAUUCCUAAUGCUUCAUGACAUAAAAAAUGAAGAUGGAAUUAAAAACUUUUUUUCAGAGAUGUAUGAAGUUUACAUAAAGCAUGCAAUGAAUCCAUUUUAUGACCACAAUACAUCCAUAAGAUCAGCAGCAUUUGAAAGAAAAGCCCAGUUUUUUGGAAGAAAGUAUCUAACAGGAUAGAUGAAUCCUAAGACUGUAUGUUGUGUGAAUUCAGAUGUAAAAUAAGCAGAUAUCUGUAUAGUCGUAUUAUGUUAUGAUGUACAUAAGAAAUCAAAUAUAUUGUAUGCAAGUGGCAGAAAUAAAACAGUUAAAAUAUG